AUGGAUUUUUUUGAAAAAAAAGUCAGUGAAUGGACAUGCGAGAAUGUCUUAAAUCAUUACAAAGGAAAUAAUCCACAGCUUACGCUCAAGCAAGCACUCGAUUCGAUCAAUAAAGAUCUCAAACGAAUUUCAAAAGAUGGCUCCGAUGCAAUGUGUAGAGAAAAGGCAGAGGCUAUAAUCGUCAACUGGAAGAAGCUGAACAACUCUUGGUUGUUUGGUUAUGAACUCUUGGUUCCUGCAAAGCCGUACACUCUUGGUCGAUCGGAAUGGACCAAAGAUUUAAAGAAAAAUAACAGGAAGCAAGAACUGAUUCUCGAACGUGAUAUUCUAAUGACCGAGCAACAUAAUGAGGUUAUAAGAACAGCACUCGUUCGAGAUCAAGCUGUACGGACUACACUUACCAGACAGCUGGAAAUUUUUGGAAAUGAGCCUCAUGUUCAAACACCGACAAGAAAAAGGCGUAAUUCGAAUGAUGGACUCACACGAAAUGCAAAUGAUCAAGAGGAAGGAAGAUUUCUCCAGGAAGAACGGGAUGAAUUAGGCAACCAAAGCGGUGAUGAAAAGGACAAAAUAUCGAAGAAAAGGAAAGAUUGUGAGGUAGAGGAAGAAUGUAGCAGUAUAUUGUUUGAUGAAAAAAACGAAGACUCCCUCAUAGAAAGCAUCGAUGAAAGCAAGUUAAUAAAUGAAACGAGGUUACCGAUCUCAAAACCAUCUGAAAAUAUAUCCGAAUACAAACUGUCAAGUGGUGGCGACUUAUUAACCAUGUUUAAAAAAUACCAAAAAAGUAUCCCAAAGUGCCGUCGAGUUACUACACCAGCAUAUUGGGGUAUAUUGGAUCUAACUCGAGAGAGUCUGAGUGGAUGCAAGGAAUUUUCAGAGAGAGAUAUUCAAGAAUUAUCGCAAGACUUUUCGAAUACUAUUUCUUGGAAUCCAAAGUCGGCACCGGAUUAUCUUCAAGAAUAUUUCAAUAAGAACUGUGAAGAAAGUCAUCAAAUAAAGGAUAUAAAGAAGCUUCAUACGAACAUUCAAUUCAUAAAAGAGAAUAUGUACUCGUUUAAUGACUCCAUGACCGAGGAAGAAUUGAAAAUGAUUUCCACCUUCCCAAUUUUUCGCUCUAUUCUUCAACUAAAUGUAGUUAAAGAUGCAUGGGGCGAAAUUCAGGUAUAUAGCACGAAAAAUGCAAGGAAUGAAAACUCGAAUCCUUUCCAGAGAGCACGUUUAGGACGAAAAGUCGACAUGAAGGGAACGCUAAAAAAUACCCCAAAUAAAUUCGAAGCUCUUUUCGGCGAAGUGUCUGGUGGUAUGGCAUCACUAGGCAUUUCUUCUUCAUCCCGUAAAAAACGAUAUUUAGAUAAAGUGAAACUUAGUAUUAUGAUGCGAGACUCUCUUAAUAAUGCAUUGAAAGGGUGCCGACAUGUAGAUAACAACCAAAGAAAAAAUUUGGUAGUCUAUGGAUGGCUCCAAGUGGGGUUUGAACUGAACUUUUACGCAAUGAACUGGUUCGGAGGUUUGUACAGAUUUGGCCUACUCGACCACUGUAUAUUACCGUCCCAAGAAGACGAUUGUGGGCUUUUCGAAGACAUAUAUUGUAUACUAAAGGAACUUAAUAUAAAAUUACUACAAACCGAAAAGUCAGUGAAAGAAUUGUAUCGAAGUAAUACGUUGGGAAAGCGUCGUCGAACUACGAUGGAAAAUAGUCCCGCUUUGAAUAUGAAUAGGACACCAGAUUAA